CGAAUAUCUCAACGUUUAAGUUAUUUAGAUAUGGUUUGACAACUCUGAACACAACAUGAUUUCAGAUUUGAUAUUGUUUGGGACUUUGUUGGUUAAUGCUGGUGCUAUCUUGAACUUUAAACUAGUCAAGGGAAAGAAUGACCAGUUUGAAGUCAAUCCUGAACCAACUCUAGGUGAGAAAGUCCGGGAAUUUUUACAGAGCUUACGAUAUUUCAGAAUUUUCAUUGGAUUAUGGAACAUAUUUGUGAUGUUUCUUAUGCUAGUGUUUUUUGGACAUUGACUUUUUCUAGGAUUAUAUAUUGUAAAUACAUGUAAACAAUUUCAUAUUUCAUCACUGUUUAUCUGAAUUUCAUUAUGUAUAUUAACAAUUAUAUAAAAUUUAUUCAAAUAUGAUAUUAAAAAAAUCGACUAGAUAGUUGUAAAUUUGUUUAUGAACUCUGUUGACAAAGCGAUAAUGUGAAGAGAAUAAAGCAGUAACGAUGGUUCUGUGCUAAAGA